AUGGAGUUGGAAUAUCAAGUCUCCGGCAUGGUCGCCUGCCGACGAGUUAAUCGACGAGUCAACUACCAGCCCGACGAUGUCGCCCUGGACCUGUCCAACGCUGUCUACGGAUCCAACACGCUCGACUCACGCGGCACAAGCUGGCAACACACGCUCCGGAUCUACAACGCCAUUUGCUGGGGCAACUCGGUCACGGCCGCGAUCCCCGCCCCCGAAGAAGACCCCGACUACGCUUCGCACGUGUACCACCUCGUCGAGCGCGGCCGCAAAGCGACCGGGGCGGCCGUCGCUGAGUCGCGGCAGCAGACCAUCAACCACGCGCUCGCGCUGCGCUACUUGGUCGACGAGGUGGUGGCGCGGCGGCAGCCCGUGACGGGCGUGGCGCUCUGCGAGGCGCACCGGCUGCUCGUGACGGGCUGGUCGGCACCGCGACUGCACCCUGAAGUGCUAGAUCCAGCCGGAGUUGAAGGCGCUGCUGGCGGAGAUGGCGGCGUACAUGGCCGCGGAGGUGCCCAUCGUCGGCGACCGGGAGCAGGCGCUCUGGCGCGCGGCGAGCUGGCACCAGCAGCUCAUCCGCGCGUCGCCGUUCGGGGAAAGGACGGCGGCGGUGGCGCGAAUGUUGGUCGUGGCGGUGCUGUUGAGGAGGACGGGGUACGUCUGCGCGAUGGGCUACAAGGAGGACCAGGAGGAGGAGUACAGGAGGCUGUCUACGAGACCCGUCGGGGCCCGGCCGUGUGA